CAUCAAAGAGAGUCAAAAAAAGACUCGACCUUCUAGGCUUCGAAAGCUUAAAAAAAGUAAACCAAGCUCAACUUUUUUUCUAUCUUCUCUUCGUAACUAAUAAUGACAUAAAAUUUCAGAACGCGCAUAUUUUCACCUUUCGUAACCCCUCAACUUGAUUCAAUCAGUUUGGUAUUACGUUCAUUUACCAAUCUCUUACGUCGUCGCAAUCGUCGUUACAUGUAUAUAUACAAACGUUACGUUGCCUCACCUCUCAAGAUCGUGUCGAUCCUUGACAUCUCGACGAUCCAUUUUUCUUCUACGUAUCCACGUAUGCGACAAGACAGCACUGCAGACAAACAAUUUGUUUUUUCAACGCCUAGACGUCUGUCGCGUAGUACAUUCAUCCUUGUUGACACAUUACAGCUGUCUUCAGGAAAUCUAACGGUAUCUUAUCCGAGUCAUGUUCGGGGUUGUCCUGCCAGAUCUAAAUUAUUAGAUCCAACCCGUCGGAAUGCUUUCACACCUUCGCUUCCACAGACGGGGUCCGUCCAAUCCCUCGUCUCCCAUACCCGAAAACAGCCCUUGGGAUAGUGCAGCCCUUCAGCCAGCCCAGCUCGUCCCCGAAGAUGGUGUCCCGACUCCCGAGAUUCGGUUACGAUCCGACGCCUCUAUUCCCUUCGCUCAUACCCAUGGACAGCCGCCUUUGCAAUCAUCUCAACCCACCUCGCCUCUAUCACAGCAGCAGCAGCAGCAACCUUUGCAACGUACCCAACCACCAGUCCUGCCUCCAAUCGCUAGAAUUUCCUCGGCUGAAUCCGAUCUAUCCAUAGACCUCGUUAAUUCCGACCCGAAACAACACGAAGAAUUCAAGCAAGAAUUAAAACCUCUACCACGAUCGCCUUACAAUGAAGAUACCGGCUUUAUUGGCGGGCUAGCCUUACAGAAUUACCGCCGAGAACAAGAGGCACUAAAGCCGGUCUCCUCGGAAAGAAAUACAAUAAAUGCGUCCGAUUCCGUCUCGUUUGGGACACAUUCUAGCGUAGCCAACUUUUCAAAUCGUCCGCCACCACCUACUAGACAUGCGAAGGCUGCCUCCUCCUUCAUCUCGCCUUCCUCGCUUCAGAAUGCUACCACGACGAGUAAACGAUCGACGAGUGCGAAAAUGGCGCCGGAACCACAGGUUUCGCAGAACCAGGCCAUGGCUGUUGAUGCGCCUAGGGGAAAGAAGAGUCUUCCCUUCCUCAAGAAUCCUAUGUCGACAUUGUUAUUGCGGAGGAAAACUAGUCAGAAUGUACCCGAUCUAACAUUACCAUUGCGUGGUCACGAUGAAGAACCUUCGUACGAUCCUCGUAUUAGAGGAACCCGAGUUCACGAUUUUAGUGCUCCACGGCCGAGAAAAGUCGUGACGAUUAAUGAGUCGACCAACUUGGGAGCCGAGAAGUCUCGUCCAGACACUAUAUCACCUACCAUGGAAUAUAACUCCCCUACAGAGGCGCCUCCAGUCCCCCCGAAGGACGACAGUUCCCAGUCUGCUCGGUCGUCUUCCACUUAUUCUCGGACGCUAUCAGUUGAUACUGCGUCUUUGCAGAAAUCCCAAGGCUCCAGGAAUAGCCUUCCUAGCGCCGGAUCUAGAAUUGGCCAAAAUAGCCAGAGGAGGAAGAGCUCCAUCCCACCUUCACUCAUGUCCUUAUCCCGUAAUGUGUCAGAGGCAUCCGCUCGAGAUGUUCUCUCGUCAUUGCCUAGACAUAUGAAAAGCACGUCUUCGCGGUUUAGUUUCGAUAUGAUCGGUGCAGCGAAGCAAGAAAAAUUGCUUGAAGAGCGACACCGACAGCGACAGCAGGAUAGAAAGGCAGACGAGACCCACGAUCAGCGAGAUUCUCGUUUUGAUGACUUUGAUGAAGAUGCAUUUGAUUAUGAUGCGAUGGAUUAUGACGAUGGUCUGGAAGAACGUAUACCAGGUGUAAAUGCCGAUUAUGAGGAGGAAGAAUUUUACGGUGCUGAUGAUCCAGAUAAUGACCAGGAAAACUUUUCAGGCUUUGUUUUCCAGAGAUCUAAUCCCAUAUCAGAGUUAACGAGCCCUCGUAGUGCCGGGGUAUUACCUACACCCAGGGAUGAAAGCGGCAACGUCAUUGGUUAUGCGAUGACUGAAGAGGAAGACUUGUCGGAUAUCCCACAACCUUUGAAUAUUCCCGCCAACGACCGAAGCGAGGCUCCUACGACGCAGCCAUCAGAGGGCGAUACUCCAACCGGCCUAGGUAUCCAAGGACUCGGAGCUGUUAAUGAGAUGCCUAGGCGAAUGUCCUUUGAGCAGCAACGACAAGAGGAUACAACGCGAAAGCCUCUUUCCAAAGAUGAUGAACUCUAUUUCAACGACGGUCUUAUCCACGAUUUCGACGGAGAGGGCGAUGGCUCAGCUUUUGAUGAGUCUAUAUUUGACCUAGACGAUACAGACCAGUAUGGUCGACCCAUUCCUGGGCUAUUUGCCAAUGCGCUAUCGCAAAGACAAGCUGGCCAAGAGGCAAAGAAACGAGAAUCCGAUAUGACGUCUAGGUUGUCGGCACAAUCUGAACUCUCGCAGUCUACUGCUCACACUUCGCUCAGUGCUGAUCUACAACAUAAACCAAUGGGAUUAGACGUCAAUGAAGAAAGGAUCCCGCGCAUAGAAGAGCGGCAGUCAUCGAUUUCGGACUUGCCGGCUGCGGAACAAGAUCAGAUAGCCGCGUACCAAGCAGCUCUAGCAGCCGCUGCUCAUCAAGCCGCUGCUUCUGGGAAAUUUCGAAGGAAUUCCUCUCCUCCACCAACUGCGACGUUAACCAUAACGUCCCCAACAACAUCCGGAUCUUCCCAAUGUCAUCCGGACGAUGUUGAUGAUUACGAGUAUGACAACGAGUUAUCGUCAGGAUUGGAUGACUAUGAACUUGAUGACGACGAUAUUAUCGCAGAAGCUAAUGCCAGUGCUCUUGCUAAUGAUUCAGAUGGUUGGUAUGGGCAAGAAUUUGGGUUUUAUUCUGCACCAACACCACUACAUGUCCACCAUGGUCCCAGUAUCCUAAGCGAGAAGAAUAUCUACCACUACUCCCAUGGGGGCUAUUUCGGACCAAGCGGUGUCGAUCGCUCUACCUCCGGUCGUAUCGUCUCCCGUGAGCCGAAUUUGACACCUAUUACUGAACGCUCUGAGUAUUCGAACCGGAAUUCGAUUAUGAGCCUAGGCGUACCUCAAAGCGCGAAUCCUAACGGGCCGUUGCAGAGUCCCGGCUUGGCUCAAUUGGCGAUGAUGGCUGAUGAUGAUAACAUGUCACUGUCAGCCCUGCUUCGUUUACGCUCCAAAGCAUGGGGCGGCUCACAAGCGUCGCUCGUAAGCUCCCGCGACGGGUCACCCAGCGAUAGAAAUGGCGCUACAAGCCCGUGGGGACAUGACCCACUCGGUAUUGGACCUUCGCAUGGGCGCAAGAAUUCGGCCUUUUCUAUCUUCAGUCAGGACUCGACAGGAGCGGGAAGUGGUUCAGGUAGCCCUACAUUAACGAUGUCGAUGCCGGGCAUACCGAAUCAUGCGAUUCCACCUCUCAGUGUACCAUCUAUCCCAAACCCGACUUCCGCCGCAUCUCCUGUCAGUGCACCAGUGUUCUCUCCCUUACAAACGUCUUCAGUGUGCCCGCCUGUGUUUGAGGACGAAGAGACAAGUCCGCUUGACGAGAGGAAACCUAGAGCAGGGAGCGCAAGCACGUCGGCAUCAGGCACAACGCAAAGACCUUUUUCGGAGAAUAUGAGUCCGACCGUAGGUAUGCCUUCACAGAAGAGGCCGGGUAUGGGACACAGGCACAGGGGAAGUGCAGAUAGCAUUUCUUACACGAAAGAAGAAGACAGCGGGGAAACACGAUGGAUCAUGGAAAGACGCCGCACCUCAGAGUCAGGCGAAAUCGAAGUCCUUGGUCGGCAAGUGGUCGAUAGGGGUAGGAUCUAAUGGUUUCUAAGAUGCCUUCGAGAUUUAUGAUGACGCGAUCGCUCUUUUUUGCUACCCGCAAAGGAUAAGGGUAGGGGUCUCGGUGUAAUGGUGGUGAGGUGACGAUAGAGAGAGCAAGCUCCUGGAUUUCCAAGUCGCACUUGCUUGGGUUCGAUAACGAAGCAUUGGGAACUAAGGGUUGGUAGCAUAGACAUAUAAGGGUUUGCCGGAGUACAAAAGGAUCAGGUCAUUCGGCUUUCUUGGGGCGGUUCAACGGAGGCUAUCGGACAGAGAGUGGCUUUUAAUCGUGUACACCUAGUAUCUACGCAAAUCGUUGUAUAAGUAGAAUAACGCCUUUCGGCAGGACUAAUGUUUACUAUCAAGUAAGCACCUCGUGUUUAGAACUGGAUCAAGUCAUGUUCUAACAUAUCGGCGUCGGUUAAUAAAUAAUGUUAAUUAACUCGGACUUUGAUGAA